AUGGAGGCAUCAGAACAGACAGAGGCUGCACCGUCGUUAUCUGGCGCAGGGAAGGACACGCAGCAGGCAUCAAAGAAGCGUACAUUGGAGGACACUGAGCAAGUAGACACACAACCCAACGGAUCGCCACAAUCUCAUCGGGCCGUAUCAUCCGAGCCCGAAGCCAAGAGAGCAAAGACAGAAGCCGUCGACCAACAGCCCAAGGAAACCGAGACAAAAGCUUCGGAGAGCGCUGAAGAGGGGGAGCUAGAGGAGGACGGAGAGGUUCAGUCAUCCGAAUCCGAAUCCGAGGAGAUGGCGGGCGCGCAAAGUGACGGAAGUCGCGCUUCACGAACCCGCUCGAAAGCCUCAGCUGCGAGUGGAGAGUCGGAUGCUGGCAUCAAGCGGACGACACGGUCCAUGUCGGCGGCCGCCAGUGGCCCUGCCCACGUUGGAUGGAAUCAAGGCAUAACGUCCCAGAUCCGAACAUCGUUGGGCGGGUCGAAGACCAAGGCGGUACCGGCGCCAGCCAAAGCAGCGGCCACAACGGAGGAAGCGACUCCUGCAUCUGCACCUGCUGCCGCUCCCGAGUCUGAGCCGGCCCCUUCUGAAGGUGCCCAGCCAGCGCAACCGGCGCAGAAGGAGGGUAAGCUCACACGGAAAGAGCAACAGCAACAACGGGCCGAAGCUGCUACCUUGGAAAAGCAGAAGGCCCAAGAACAGCAGAAAAACCCCUUCGUCUAUGCGCCUGGCCUCACAUUUCAUCAACCCAACAAGAAGACGAUCCUGCAGCCCAAGGGUAACAAUUUAGGCAAAGCCGUCUGGAAGUCCAAGUUCAAGAGCUGGUGCCAGUCGUUUGUCAGUCGCAACACCGAGCAAAUCAGCCUCCUUACACCCGACAUUGUCGUGGCUGCUCUGCAGGACUACAUUACGACGCGGGCGCAUUGGUCCAAGAAGAAGUACUCCACAGCCGCGACCGCCGAGGCUCGCAAGCCGGAGACAAAGCACGACAUUGCAGUCAACCUGGCGACCAUUCUGAAGGACGACAGCUUUUUGCCGGGCUCCGAAGAGUCACCCAUGGUCAUCGACGAUAACGACGACGAGGCCGACAACGGUGUUCAGGAGAUUCCACGCCCUACUGGCGAGAACGCAUCUGCUGCGCCAGAAGCACAAGGCGAGCAGAACCCGGCCGCUGAAGAUCCAGACCAGUCUCAGAACGACGUCAAGGGCGACGCGACGGAACACGAGCAGACUGAGCCAGGACCGCCCGUCAUGACGGAGGAGGAGGAUCUGGCGCAGCAGCGCAAGUACUUCCCAGGUCUGCCGGAUUCUGUCCAGAUUUGCGUCUACUGCGCUUCCGUUGGCCACAACUCGACUGCUUGCCCCAAGACGGCCUGCAAGUUCUGCCCAAACCCCGACCACUUCUCCUGGAACUGUCCGACGCGCGAGAGGUGCACCAAAUGUCGCCAACUGGGCCACGCCAAGGCGCAAUGCACCGAGAAGCUCGUCCAUUUGGACGAAGAGGGCAUGGAGUGUGCCAUGUGUGGCUCCCAGGAUCAUCUUGAAGACGACUGCGAGACACUCUGGCGGUCCUACAAACCCCAAAAGGAGUGGAUCAAGAAGGUCAAGGUCUUCCCUGCCUUCUGCGCCUCUUGCGGCUCCGAGGGCCACUACUCUUCUGACUGCGCCCUUCGUGGCGACAGGCCUCGCAACCAGACGUGGUCACUCAAGAACCGGGACCUCUACGUCGACAAGAACGCGACCGACGAGCCGAUCAGUGACUUCGCUAGUCAGCCCCAGAACCCCAAGUUCCCCCUCCAAAUCAAGGGUUCUGCAGCCAAGCGCAACCACAUCUUCUACCCCGAUAGCGACGGGUCGGAAGAGGGCGAGUUCAUCGGUCAGAAGGUGAAGCCGCGAGCACCACUCGGCAAUAUUCAGUUGUCGACCAAUCUUCAGAUCAACGCGGGCAACUUUGGACCGCCACCGCAGACGCAGCAGAACGGGCGUGGCCAGCAGCGUGGUGGGUGGUCAGCGCAGCCUCCCCUACCUCCUGGACCUCCACCUUCUGGCCCGCCACCCGGCUCGUACUCGCGUAUGUCGAGGAGCUUCAACAACCAGUCGCGCCCGCCCCCUCAGAGCAACGGUGCUGGUCGUGGCGGGUUACCUCCAAAGCCCCCAGCGCCGCAGUCGCAGCAGCACGGCUACCACAACUCGGGCCCACCAUCUAACGGACGGGGACCGAAUCCGCCGAAGAAGCAGAGGACGAGGAACCAGUCCGGUAGCUCACAUGCGGGAUCCUCGCAGCAGCAGCAGCAGCAGAACGGUGGAGGCUCGGGAUCGCGCCGCAGGGGUAAGGCCAGACGCGGUGGGAAGCAAGGAUGA